AUGGCAACAAAAGAGUCAAGCUCUUCUGCUUCUGCUUCGGCUUCUGCGGACACUAAAAUCAAAAGGGUUCUUACUCAUGGUGGUAAAUAUGCACACUACAAUGUGUAUGGAAACUUGUUUGAGGUGUCUUCUAAGUACGUGCCUCCCAUUCGUCCUAUCGGUAGAGGCGCGUAUGGUAUCGUUUGUGCUGCUGUUAAUUCCGAUACACAUGAACAAGUUGCUAUUAAGAAGAUUGGUAAUGCUUUUGACAAUAUAGUUGAUGCGAAAAGGACUUUGCGCGAAAUCAAGCUUCUUCGCCACAUGGAUCAUCAAAAUAUCAUUGCCAUCAAGGAUAUUAUACGACCCCCGAAAAAGGAAGCGUUUAACGAUGUAUACAUUGUUUAUGAUUUGAUGGACACUAAUCUCCAUCAUAUAAUUCAUUCUGAUCAACCUCUCUGUGAAGAACAUUGUCAGUACUUCUUAUAUCAGCUGUUACGCGGGCUGAAAUAUGUGCACUCGGUUAAUGUUUUGCACCGUGAUCUUAAGCCGAGCAAUUUACUAGUGAAUACAAACUGUGACCUUAAAAUUGGCGACUUCGGUUUGGCAAGGACAACAUCUGAAACCGAUUUCAUGACUGAGUAUGUUGUCACGAGAUGGUACCGAGCCCCGGAAUUGCUCCUCAAUUGUUCUGAGUACACUUCUGCGAUUGAUGUUUGGUCUGUUGGUUGCAUAUUUGGUGAAAUUAUGACCAGAGAGCCCUUGUUUCCUGGCAAAGACUAUGUUCAUCAACUAAGGCUUAUCACAGAGUUAAUAGGUUCGCCCGAUGAUGCUAGCCUUGGAUUUCUCCGAAGUGACAAUGCUAGAAGAUAUUUUAGACAGUUUCAGCAAUACCGGAAGCAAAAAUUCUCGUCUAGAUUCCCAAACAUGUUACCUGAGGCACUUGACCUGUUAGAAAAGAUGCUUAUUUUUGAUCCAAACAAACGCAUUACAGUUGACGAGGCACUGUGUCACCCAUAUCUUUCAUCGCUUCACAACACCAACGAGGAGCCGGUGUGUCCAAGGCCAUUCACUUUUGAUUUUGAUCAGCCAACAUGCACUGAAGAUCAUAUCAAGGAGCUCAUAUGGAAGGAGUCUGUGAAGUUCAAUCCAGAUCCACCUUGUCAGUAA